UGCCUCCUUGCAGAACCUAAUCAACAAGACAGCAAUAACAAGAAGAAGACGAGACAAGUUAAAAGCAAAUGAUUCAUUAAUACAAGGCAUUGAAUGUAGUACCACCAUGCGCAUUAUUAUAUAAUAUUUGUAUAUAUGGAUAUUAUGGCAUUGAAAACUAGUAGUGUUUGUUGCUACCGAAGGGUGAUGAGUUGUUGUGAUUGUGGAGAGGAGACACAGCAGAAACAUUUUGGCGAUAGUUAUGGGGAUCGAGAUCAUGUUAGUUCAUGUUGCUUGCUUCCAAUUGAUAUUUAAAAUGGUUGAGAUUCCUCGUGUCUGCCCUCAACCUGUAAUAUAUAUGUUGAGCAGAUGGUAAGGGGACUACAGCAAAUAGCUAAGCAGAGUUGAAAACACAUAUCGCUUUUGCAUAACAAGAAAAUGGCAGCCUCUUACCAUGCUCGAUCAAACAGCUUGCCCACAAGGCAACACCCCAUCGUUUCACAAAUCGACGAGAACUUGAACCGAUUGAGGGCAUCUCAAUCAGCCUCCACAUCAUCAUCCAUAGGCCACAAUCUAAGUGGUCUUCAGGAUUUGCAUGAAUGUGUUGAUGUAUUGCUUCAAUUUCCCCUCACCCAACAAGCUCUCGACCAAGAGAAGCAAAGGGAAAUGGUUGAAGAGCUUUUGGAUGGAUCUCUCAUGCUCUUGGAUGUAUGUACCACUGCUAAGGAUGCCUUGUUGCAGACAAAGGAAUGCACACGAGAGCUUCAAUCAAUUUUGCGCAGAAGACGUGGAGCCGAAGGGCUUGCUAAUGAUUUUAGGAAAUACUUGACAUCUAGGAAAGCCAUGAAAAAGGAAAUCUGCAAGGCGUUAAAGAACUUGAAGCAUAUACAGAAUAAACUCAGUACUCCUGGCGAGAAUGGAGCUGUGAUUAGCGUCUUAAGAGAUGUAGAAGCAGUUACCAUCAGCGUGCUAGAAUCCGUAUUGUGCUUUAUUUCAGGGCCAGAGGCAGAAUCAAAAUCGAGCCGUUGGCCGCUGGUUUCGAAGCUAAUGCACCAGAAGAAAGUAAUGUGCGAGGAAGAACAGAAAGCAAAUGAAAUUUUGAGUGCUGAAGCUGCAGUGCGUUCCUGCACCAAAUCUGAAAACAUGAAGCAUGUCGAGAACGUGCAAAAGGAGCUUCAAGGCUCAGAGUUGGGCAUCCAAGAUCUUGAAGAAGGCCUUGAAACCCUCUCCAGGCGUAUGAUCAAAACUAGAGUUACUGUUCUUAAUAUCAUCAGCUGUUAA